UGAAGACGAAGAAAAUUGUCAUUGAACAAACGGUCCCUUAACAAAAAGGGAAGCAUCAUGAGCCGUAACGAGUAUUUAUUCUCUCACCAUGUAUGCUGAGCAACAAAGUUGAAAGCAAAUUAUACAUUUAUACCAUCAACAUGUUGGUGCAGGAAGAGAAAGGCAUGGCUGAUCCAAUUCCCUUGAAUCAGCACUUUGUGCUGGUGCAUGGCAUUUGUGGAGGAGGUUGGUGCUGGUACAAACUCCAGUGCCUUAUGGAGAAUUCUGGCUUCAAGGUCUCAUGCAUAGACCUCAAGAGUGCAGGAAUUGAUCAAACUGAUGCUGAUUCUCUUCAUUCCUUUGAUGAUUACAAUCAACCCCUCAUGGAUUUCUUGGCUGCUUUGCCUCAAAAUGAACAGGUGAUUUUGGUGGGGCACAGUGCAGGAGGAUUGAGUGUUACUCAGGCUUGUCACAAAUUUGCCAAGAAGAUCCGUUUAGCAGUGUAUGUAGCAGCAACUAUGCUCAAGUUGGGAUACUGGACAGAUCAAGAUCUAAAAGAUGGUGUACCUGACCUAUCAGAGUUUGGGGAUGUAUACCAGCUAGGAUUUGGAUUGGGACAGGAUAAGCCUCCAACCAGUGCUUUGGUGAAGAAAGAAUUUCAACGCAAUAUCUUCUACCCUUUGAGCCCACCUGAGGAUUCAACUUUAGCUGGCAUGCUGAUGAGGCCAGGGCCAAUUCUAGCAUUGACAAGUGCAAGGUUCAAGGAGGAAGGGGAAGUGGAGAAGGUGCCGAGGGUGUACAUAAGGACAAGGCAUGACAGUGUGGUGAAGCCAGAGCAGCAAGAAGCUAUGAUAAAGAGGUGGCCACCAUUGAGUGUGUAUGAACUAGACAGUGAUCACUCUCCCUUGUUCUCCACCCCUUUCCUUCUCUUUGGUUUGCUUCUGAAAGCUGCAGCUUUUGACGUUGGAACCAACUUUGAGACUAGGCCACCCUCCUAACUUUUCUUUUCUCUACUACUUUUUGCUUCUCUCCAAUCCAAACCAUGUGCUGUGAUAAAUCAAUUUGGUCCAUAAUCACUGAAUAAUUUAUAUAUAUUCAUAAUUCUAUAUAUA